GUUAGGAGGGGGAAAUAGUGUUGGAUUUGCAGAUAGAUCCCUGGGUCUUGUCGAUUUCGCCGAUGAAUCAUCGGGCGGUGAAGACCGAGGCGACGGCGGCGGUGGCGGCGGUGGAGCGGCCCCGGCCGUUGGCCGUGGCGGUCGGCGGAGGCGGAGGAGGACCGCCCACCGUCGAGCAGCGGCUGAUAGAGCUCAGCAGCAGCGACUCCGACUCCGACGGAGAGGGCGGCGGCGUUGGCGGCGGUGGGAAGAGGUGGCGGGGGCUGGAAGUGGGUGGACCGGCGGGGAAGCGGGCUAGGGUUUCCGCAGCGGGGGCGGCGGUGGAUGUGCCCCCGGGUUUCCUCGAUCCUCUACCGCAGGCGGUGGCCGCGGGGGAGGUGGAGGUGGAGGCGCCGUCGAAGAGCGCGACGAAGCAGUUCUGGAAGGCCGGAGACUACGACGGGAAGCCGCUUGGGGAUGGGGCGCGUCAGCCGUCAGUAUCUGGAUUGGAUCAUGUUCGUGUACAUCCUAAGUUUUUGCACUCAAAUGCAACAAGCCACAAGUGGGCUCUGGGGGCUUUGGCUGAGCUGUUGGACAACUCUCUUGAUGAAGUCAUAAAUGGAGCUACCUAUGUGAACAUUGACAUGUUGGAGAACGACAAAGACAAAACAAGAAUGCUCCUUGUUGAAGAUGAUGGUGGUGGAAUGGACCCAGACAAAAUGCGGCAGUGCAUGUCCUUGGGUUAUUCAGCCAAGAGCAAAGUUGCAAGUACAAUUGGGCAAUAUGGAAAUGGUUUCAAGACAAGUACAAUGAGACUUGGUGCCGAUGUUUUAGUUUUCUCCCGUAGUGGUGGAAAAGGUGGCAAAAGGCAUACCCAAAGCAUUGGAAUGCUAUCAUAUACCUUUUUGAGGAGCACCAACAAAGAGGAUAUCGUUGUUCCGAUGAUUGAUUAUGAAAAUGAGCAAGGCUGGAAAAGAAAGUUGCGGACUACAUCUGCUGAUUGGAAUACAAGCUUACAGACUAUUAUUACGUGGUCUCCAUAUUCAACUGAAGCAGAACUACUUGAGCAGUUUAGUUCUAUAAAGGAUCAAGGGACUCGGAUUAUCAUUUACAAUCUUUGGGAGGAUGAUGAAGGACAUCUGGAGCUUGAUUUUGAUGCUGACAUAAAUGAUAUUCAACUCAGAGGUGGUAAUCGUGAUGAGAAAAAUAUUGACAUGGCUAAGAAGUUUCCAAACUCCAAACAUUUCCUGACUUAUAGGCAUUCAUUAAGGAGCUAUGCAUCCAUUUUAUAUCUUCGAGUUCCAAGUUUUUUCCAAAUGAUUUUACGUGGAAAGGAGAUUGAACACCAUAAUAUUGUGACCGACAUGAUGCUGAAGAAAGAGGUGAAAUACAAGCCGGUUGUACCUAAUGGAGCUCCAAAGGAUUCAAAUAUGGUUGCUGAUGUAACAAUUGGCUUUGUUAAAGAUGCAAAAUAUCAUGUUGAUGUUCAAGGAUUUAAUGUAUACCACAAGAACCGGCUAAUAAAGCCUUUCUGGAGAGUGUGGACUGCUGCUGGAAGUGGUGGGCGUGGUGUCAUAGGUGUGCUUGAGGCUAACUUUAUAGAGCCAGCUCAUGAUAAGCAGGACUUUGAGCGCACAACACUUCUUGCAAGACUUGAAGCACGAUUAGUUCAAAUGCAGAAGGACUAUUGGUCAGGAAAUGCUCAUCGAAUUGGAUAUAUUGGGACACGCGCUGGCAGAUAUAAUGAAACAGAAGAGAACUCCCCAGAAGUUACCCAAAGUGUACAGCAAUCACCUUACCCUACUGGGAAAGAUUAUGGCAAAUCAAAUAAAAAGCAAUCACCUUACCCUGCUGGGAAAGAAUAUGGAAAAUCAAAUAAAAAAUCUGGGAAGGCAAGCACAUCAUUUCAUAUUCAACGAAGAACUGAGAAGUCUGCAACGACUAAAGUAUCUGGAAGAUCCGUAAUGGAUGGUCUUUUAGAUACUAGUGAUGAAAGUGAUUCUGAGUUUGUGUGUGCCGCCCCACCUUCUAGCUCAAGAUCUCAUAUGCUGAAUCUGCAUAGAAAAUCUUUCCAGAAUGGAACUACUUUGGCAACACCUUCAUCCAAUGGACUCACAGAAAAAGAGAGAAACAGAUCUGCAUCCCAGCCUGGACUUAAUGUGGCAAGUAAUGGGGUACAUACAAUUGAUGAUCACGAGACUAUUAUCAAGCAACUGAGGGAUGAAAACUCAUCAUUGAAGGAAAGGUUAUUGAGGGUGGAAGAAUCAUUAUCACAGGAGCUGGUGAUUGAACGUGAUAAGAACAAAUCAUUAACAGAGAGGUUAGAGGAUGCACAGAGGCAACUUGAAACUUCAAAUAAGGAACAAGAAGCACUUAUUGACAUCUUCUCUGAAGAAAGAAGUCGUCGAGACCAAGAGGAGGAAAAUCUGAGAGCGAAGCUAAAGGAUGCUUCUUCCACUAUACAAGACCUGCUGGAGCAGUUAAACGCUGUCCGAAAAGGACGUAAGGUUUGAGGAGGGGGGGAGGGGGAGGGGGGGGGGGCUUCGCUAAGUGGACGACCUCUUAGUUUGUUUCACUCUCGUAGGGCAUUGCAGUUACCUUCCUGGUUACUGAGCCAUUGUAGCUUUUGUGCAGAGAGAGGCUUUAGGCCAUUCCAACCUUGUCUAGAGUUGAUAGCUAGGUAGUUUCAUCUUCGCAUUCCUGAUCACUUCCAGCAUUGUGUACAGGCAAGGAAUGCCAAUAAAGGCUACUGUUAGUGAUUGGUAUGUGAUUUUGUAGGUAACCACUUGCUUAGUGAUUCCUUUCGUUGUCUUCCAGUUCAAGUUGCACAUAGUUGUGUCAAACCGUUCUCAAUUUUUCUGCGUCCGGGCAUUCAUCUUUCAUGUCUUCGUGUCUGACAGUGAGACCGUGUUAACAAAACUUUAUGGCUGCAAGGGAGGUUAAGGGCAUUGGUUGAGGUGACACUAGGAAGGAAGGAGGGGCUAGGGACGCGAGGAGACUCACGAUAGGUGCAGAUCCUAGGGCAUCCAUAGUGCAAGUGGCUUCAGAUGUCAUGUAUGCCGAGGCCACUAGUUAAAAAAAUAUAUAUUCCACGAUGUAAGUGGCUUUAACCGCAUCUUACAUUUUUAUGUCAGCUCUUAAUA